AAGUGACAGAAGUACCCAAGGGUGCGGUGCAUCAUCACGUGACUCAACCAAUUGAGAGAGCCAUUUUGGAAACAUCAAAUCCGAAAAUCGAGACUAAAAACGCUCUUAAAUCACGGCAAACAUAUAUCACCCACCUUUUCUCCGGGAAGCUUCCUCAUUCUAGGUACCACCCACCACCACCCACCGCCCACAGAUAACCGCCAACCCUCCCUCGCAAUGGCUUCCUUUUACCCGACUCUCGCGCCCUUCGUCAUGAAGCGGCCAUGGCUGAACAACCUAUUCAAGCCCGUCGCAAACUGGUACGCCAAUGCCGCCGGCUAUCGCCAGCUCGGUCUUCGCGCCGACGAUCUGAUUGUCGAGGAGGACGAGCUCGUCGUCAGGGCCCUGAAGCGCCUGCCGCCGAAAGAAGCGUACGACCGCGUCUACCGACUACGACGUGCGUUCCAGGCCAGCACCGUCCACAAGCUGCUCCCCAAGGAGGAGUGGACCAAGCCCGAGGAGGACGUUCCCUACCUGAAGCCCUUGAUCGACCAGAUCUAUACCGAGGAGAAGGAGAAGAAGGCGCUGGACACUCUGACCGUCAUUCGAAGCCACUAAACCGAAGAAACAAAUAUAUACAUUAGCGUCUCAAACAACGGCGAGUUAUUUGUACCAUAAGCCAAACAAAAAAGAAGAAGAAACAACCUUGCGUUAAACGACGAGAAGAAUAGAGCGUGAUUGGACAAGAGACAUGCUUGUCCGCAAAGGAGUCUUAGGCUGUAAAAACUCGACGAAUUGAACGUUUCCAAUCAAAGAUAUAUUAUAACUACCUGUAUAUAUAUCUAGACUUUUUUUUAAUCUCCUCUCAAUCCCGUAUCGUUGUAAUCUUAGAGAACCUCGGAGAGCUUAGCCAGUUCAGCCUUUAGCUUUUGGCAACUGCUAUGUUGCUAUAUAGGUGCUCGACAAAGUUAUAUCAGGUAAUCAAC